AACCCAGCAUUAUCUAAUGGCCAGGUUCUUUAUAAUACAAGUGUGGAAUUGGAUACUAUUCUAGAGUGACAUCUGACUUCAGAGUGGUGGCUCAGUGACAUCUGCUCGCAUUCAAGAUGCUUUUGCUGGUUCUCUUCCUGCUCGUGGCUCAAACUGCAACGGGAGUUUUCGGUUACUCUGCGUCUGCGGCAACCUGGUCUUAUACCACCCAAACGCCCAAGCCCAGCAAAUGCGAGAGUCCUUUCGUCGUACUACGAGCCCGCUGUGUCUUCGUGGAGCCAUUCCUGAAGAGUCCUUGGGAGGAAUCGAGGUACCUGUGCCACGAAUUGAACUCAGAAUUGGUGGUCGUCGACGAUGUCCAGUUUUAUUACGACCUCCUCAAAUUCAUCCGAGGUGAAGGUAUCGACCACGAGAGUUACUGGAUUGGCGCCAAUGACACGGAGACGGAGGGAAAGUGGGUCUGGGUGAACGGGAAGGCUGUCGAAUCCGGGAGUCCCUUCUGGGCCAUAGGAAAGGAAGAUUACGGGUCCUAUUACCUGGAGCCUGCAGGACAAACAUCACAAAACUGCCUGAUUCUGGAAGCGGAGAGAGCCCAUUAUUUCAACGACAGAGACUGCAUAGAGGAACACGCUACCAUCUGCGAGAAGCAUUUCCAAUAGAAGAAAAGCCCAAUACAUCUAUUCAGGCUUGUUCAUGGUGCAAGAGCCCGUGCUGACAGAAGGUCAACUGAAUGGCACUCGUGAUCUCUAAGAUUGUGCAGCGUGGCAGAGUGAUGUUUCUAAGCUGAAGUAUAAUAUGCAAUAAUAAUGUUUCUAAAUAGCAAUUUAAAGUAUUAAUGUUUCUCAGUUGAAGUGUAGUCUACAGUAGUAAUGUUUCUCAAAUGAGCAGUGAUGUAGAGUAGUAAUGUUUCUCUCUAAAUAGCAAUGUAAAGUAUUAAUGUUUCUCAGCUGAAGUGAAAUCUACAGUAGUAAUGUU